AUGAAUAACCACGUGUCUUCAAAACCAUCUACAAUGAAGUUAAAGCACACCAUCAACCCCAUUCUUUUAUAUUUCAUACACUUUAUAAUAGCACUUUAUACUAUUUUAACAUACAUUCCAUUUUAUUUCUUGUCUGCAUCAAGACGAAAAUCAAACCAAAUUAAAGCAAAACCUAUAAAUUCAGAACCGGAGUCUGCGUAUAGAUCUGUGAACAGUCUGGGUGGUUUGGCUUCAGUAUUGUACCCUGGAUGUGACACGCUAGACAAAGUGUUUGCAUACGCAAAAAACAAAUUUAAGGACAAAAGGCUUCUGGGAACCCGUGAAAUUUUAAAUGAGGAAGAUGAAGUGCAACCAAAUGGAAAAAUUUUUAAAAAGGUUAUUCUCGGACACUAUAAUUGGCUCUCCUAUGAAGAUGUCUUUGUGCGGGCCUUUAAUUUUGGAAGUGGCUUACAGAUGUUGGGUCAGAAACCAAAGACCACCAUCGCUAUCUUCUGUGAGACCAGGGCUGAGUGGAUGAUUGCUGCACAAGCGUGUUUCAUGUAUAAUUUUCAGCUUGUUACCUUAUAUGCUACUCUGGGAGGUCCAGCAAUUGUCCAUGGAUUAAAUGAAACAGAAGUUACCAACAUCAUUACUAGUAAAGAACUCUUGCAAACAAAAUUGAAGGACAUUGUUUCUUUAGUCCCACGCCUGCGGCACAUCAUUACCGUCGAUGGCAAGCCCCCAUCCUGGUCGGAGUUCCCCAAGGGCGUCAUUGUGCACACCAUGGCUGCAGUGCAGGCUCUCGGGGCCAAGGCGGCCGUCGAGAACAAACCUCACAGCCAGCCACUACCCUCGGAUGUUGCAGUGAUCAUGUACACAAGUGGAUCCACUGGCCUUCCAAAGGGGGUCAUGAUCUCCCACAGUAACAUCAUUGCUGGUAUAACUGGGAUGGCAGAGCGGAUUCCAGGACUGGGAGAGGAAGAUGUUUACGUUGGGUACUUGCCUCUGGCCCACGUUCUCGAAUUAAGUGCCGAGCUUGUCUGUCUGUCCCACGGAUGCUGCAUUGGCUACUCUUCACCACAGACAUUAGCUGAUCAGUCAUCAAAAAUAAAAAAAGGAAGCAAAGGGGAUACAUCUGUGUUGAAACCAACACUCAUGGCAGCUGUCCCGGAAAUCAUGGAUCGGAUCUACAAAAAUGUCAUGAAUAAAGUGAAUGAAAUGAGUAGUUUUCAACGCAAUCUGUUUAUUCUGGCCUAUAAUUACAAAAUGGAACAGAUUUCAAAAGGGCACAGUACACCACUGUGUGACAGGUUUGUGUUCCGGAAAGUACGAAGCUUGAUAGGUGGGAAUAUUCGGCUUCUCUUGUGUGGAGGUGCUCCACUUUCUGCAACCACACAGCGAUUCAUGAACAUCUGCUUUUGCUGUUCUGUGGGGCAAGGGUACGGCCUCACCGAGUCUGCUGGGGCUGGAACGAUUACGGAAGUGUGGGACUUCAACACCGGCAGAGUGGGAGCGCCAUUAGUUUGCUGUGAAAUCAAACUGAAGAACUGGGAGGAAGGUGGAUACUUUAAUACUGAUAAACCACACCCAAGGGGGGAAAUUCUUAUUGGUGGCCAAAAUGUGACAAUGGGAUACUAUAAAAAUGAAGCAAAAACAAAAGCUGAUUUCUUUGAAGAUGAAAAUGGACAGAGGUGGCUCUGCACUGGAGAUAUUGGAGAGUUUGACCCUGAUGGUUGUUUAAAGAUUAUCGAUCGUAAGAAGGACCUUGUGAAACUUCAGGCAGGAGAGUAUGUUUCUCUUGGGAAAGUAGAAGCAGCUUUGAAGAACCUCCCACUUGUAGAUAAUAUCUGUGCAUAUGCAAACAGUUAUCAUUCCUAUGUCAUUGGAUUUGUUGUGCCAAAUCAGAAGGAACUAACGGAACUAGCUCAGAAGAAAGGACUUAAAGGAACUUGGGAAGAAUUGUGUAACAGUUGUGAAAUGGAAAAUGAGGUACUUAAAGUGCUUUCUGAAGCUGCUAUUUCAGCAAGUCUGGAAAAGUUUGAGAUUCCAGUGAAAAUUCGUCUGAGCCCUGAACCGUGGACCCCUGAAACUGGUCUAGUGACAGAUGCCUUCAAGCUGAAGCGCAAAGAGCUUAAAACGCACUACCAGGCGGACAUCGAGCGAAUGUAUGGAAGGAAAUGAGUCUCUUCCGGCGUUGGUUUGCUACAGUGAGCUGAGAUCAAAUAGGAAAAUACUUGAACCGCACGUCUCCAGCUGUGAGGCAGACCCCGUUCCUCAUAGUCCACCUCAACUGUUACUGCUCAUGACAUCCCCGUUUUUAACUGACAGGAUUAGUAAAAUAUUAAGACAGCAAACUUGUGUCUGUCUCUUCUUUCCUUGCCCCCCCUCUGCUCCACUCCUACCUGUGACUACUCGUCAGUGUGAGGAUUUUCCUGAAUCUCUGAGGAAGCAGUGAUUUUAAAACCUCAAGUUUUUAAACAUGAUUUAUAUGUUAUGUAUAAUGUUCAGUUUGUAACUUUUUAAAGUUUGGAUGUAUAGAGGGAUAAAUAGGAAAUAAAAGAAUUGGUUAUUGGGGGCUUUUUUACUUACAGUAUUUAAAACUACAAGGGUAUUGAUGUGAAAUUAUGUAAAUUACAAAUGCUUGUGAAUCAAAUCAUUGUUGAACAGAAGAUUUGUUGCUGUGUAAUUAUUGUCUUGUAUGCAUUUGAGAGAAAUAAAUAUACCCAUGCUUAUGUUUUAA